UCAUUCCAAAUUUGCUACUGAAAAACUUGCGAGCAUGGUCAUAGGCAGAAUUUCACGUUAUAACACUGCAAUCCUUAAUGAGAGUCUUGGACUAACGGAUACAUACGCGAAUUCCGGUAUUCAUGUUUUCAGGCGAUAUGUUCUCAUCAAUAUCGAAACCGUUACAAAAGUGGGAGCCGAAAGACCCGUUAGAAAAUUCACCUUCCAAAGUAUCAAUGCAAACAACCAGUUUCCUAAAUUCCUACCGGGUGAUUAUUUGGAGUUGAUGUGUCACGUUGAAGGCCAAGUGGUGGUGAGACCUUAUACACCAAUUCAAGGAUCUUCGUUGAAGUCUUUCUCAAUUCUUAUCAAGAUUUAUGAAGAUGGCCUUCUAUCUCAAUAUUUGGACCGACAACUAAAAGGCUUCGAGAUCAAAGUUCGUGGACCUUUUGAUAUUGGCGAAC